GUGUUACCUUAGAGGGAGGUCGCUCUUGUGCCGUGUUAAUGCACUAAGGAGAACAGCUUUAGUAUGAUGCUCUAGGGCCCAAGCCGAGCCCAGACUGGAUCGUCACAGACAGACCACGAUUGCUGGGCGGAGAAAAACCCCGAUCGGCUGCUGUUGUUGCUACUGGUGCCUUUUGAACAGGGAAAAGGGAGGCGCAACAGCAAGGCGUGUUAAGAAAAGGGGAGAGAAAAAAAGUCCGAAGGGAAUUAUCCGACACAAACAGCGAAAAAAAAAAACGGGAAGAUCUAACAAAGCAGUUCUUCCUUGACCGUGUUUCGCUCGUCUCGCAAGUUCUCGAUCACCCUGCCUGGGGAGUAAGAUAUCCUUUGGUUUCCUGCUGUCUGUUGCUUGUUUCGAGGGGAAUGAAUGACAAAGACAAAGGCUGAUGCGACAUUGCCGAAUCAUUUUGUCUUGCUCAAAGAAAGAAGGCAGAGGCAAAAAAUGGAUAGCGGACAAGGGAACGAUGACAUUUGUCAGCAGACACAACCACCACCACCGACGUUUGAGGAGCAACCGACUUCCCAACCGCCUCAAACCAGCGGAAAGAAGAAAGUCAACAGAGCCCCUUCACCUGCAAGACCAAAAGAUGUCCCUGGAUGGUCGUUAGCUAAAAUUAGGAGCGGCAGCGGCUCCGGCACCCCGACUCUGAGCGUCAAGACCGGUGGUAUUCACUUAGGCAGUCGGAUAUCCAGGCGCUGCCCGGGGAGUGGGAAAGAGCUGAAACCGGAGAAAAGCAGACAGCCUGGAAAAUCCACGCCGUCUGUCUCUGGGUCUCAUAAAUCGGGGAAUAAAUCGGCAAAGUCUGCGAGGAGAAAGAUAUCCGACGCCAGCACUGCAUCUGAUGAUCUAAGCAAGGAUUCUGGCUGCGCCCCUGGGAAGCUCUCUCCCUCUGAUAGCAGCUCGGAGCUUUCCGAUUGUGCCUCCGAAGGAAACAAACUUUCCACCGACGCUCUGAGUAGCGACACCGAGACCAGCAGCAGGGGUGGGGGUGCCGAUGGCGAGAAGCCAGGCACGGGCCAGGCGAACGGGAUAUCUGACAAGGCUAACAGGGGAGAUCAAACUGGGAAGAACCCCUUGGACAAGGACCGACUCUCACUGGGAGUGGAGACCGGGGAAGAGAGCAUUUCUCCGGGAGAUGAGCGAUCUGUUGGCUCCUUCGACAGUCGGUUGCAUGUCAGCACCUCCCUGGCGUUUUCCGACCUAACGGAGGAAUUUAUGGAUGGGAUGCAAGAGGAAUUUGUGAGGGAGAUCGAAGAACUAAGAUCUGAAAAUGAUUAUUUAAAAGAUGAGAUCGAGGAGCUGCGCUCGGAGAUGCUGGAGAUGCGGGACGUGUACAUGGAGGAGGACGUGUACCAGCUGCAGGAGCUGAGGCAGCAGCUGGACCAGGCCGACAAGACGUGCCGCAUCCUGCAGUACCGGCUGCGCAAGGCCGAGCGGAGGAGCCUGCGGGUGGCCCAGACUGGCCAGGUGGACGGGGAGCUCAUCCGCGUCCUGGAACAGGACGUCAAGGUGGCAAAAGACGUGUCCAUCCGCCUCCACAACGAGCUGGAUGCGGUGGAGAAGAAGAGAAGCAGGCUGGAGCAGGAGAACGAGGACCUCAGACAGAAGCUCCUUGACCUGGAGGUGGCCAAGCAGGUCCUGCAAGCGGAGAUGGACAAGGUGAAAGAGAACUCUUUGAAGAAAAGAGGAGCUCGUUUGGCCAACAAAACCGACAAGAAACCAUCCCCCCAGGAGGACAGUGCUGACCUCAAAUGCCAGCUUCACUUUGCAAAGGAGGAAUCAGCCCUCAUGUGCAAGAAGCUGACCAAGAUGGCCAAGGACAACGACAGCAUGAAGGAGGAGCUGGUGAAGUACAGAUCUCUGUACGGAGACCUGGACAGCACGCUCUCGGUGGAGGAGGUGGCUGACUCUCCUCACACUCGGGAGGCCGAACUGAAAGUCCACCUCAAGCUGGUAGAAGAGGAGGCCAACCUCCUGAGCCGCAGGAUCGUGGAGCUGGAGGUGGAGAACCGGGGCUUGAGGGCCGAGAUGGAUGAGAUGAAAAGCCAGGAGCUCCCAGGCCACCUGGUCACAGGGACCAGCAGUUACGGGGACUCCAGGGAAAGCAUGGUGGAGCUGAAGCGCCACCUGCAGUUUGUGGAGGAAGAGGCUGACCUGCUGAGGAGGUCACUCCUGGAGAUGGAGGAGCAGAACAAGCUGCUGAUGAAUGAGCUGAACAAGUACAAAUCGGAGCACGACCUGGAUGCCACCAUGUCGGAGGACAGCUGCUCGGUGAUGAGCGAGCCCUCGCAGGAGGAGCUGCUGAAUGCCAAGCUCCAGAUUGGAGAGCUCAGCGGCAAGGUAAAAAAACUCCAGUAUGAGAACAGGGUCCUGCUCUCCAACCUCCAGCGCUGCGACCUGGCCUCCUACCAGUCCACCCGACUCUCCAUGGAGACAGAUGCUGAAGCAGGGGAUUCAGCCGAAUGCGUCCCGUCCCAGAUCAGGAGAGAAGGACCAAUUGGAGGGGAGAAUGACUCCAGGGAAGAUCAGGAGAAGCUGAUACGGCGCAAUAGCCACAUCGACAACUAUGAGGGCUCAGAGUUCUUCAAAAGUAAAGACUACGAUGCUCUACUUAGGAUCAAAGAACAGGCUGGACUUGUUAGCAAAGCCAUUGACCUUAUGAUAUUGGACUCCAAUGGGUUUUCGUCCUAUCCGAAGAUCUGUCCUUCCAUUGAUACCCCAGAGCAGGCCUUGAAUGAGAGUCUUGACAAAAGCGAGGCCUCAAGUGACCUAAAGCUGGUCAGUGCCCUUAACAACAGGCUGAGUGCCUUGCAGAGAGAAUUAGCCACCUUCAUGGACAAGGUAGAACAUCUUGGUUACUCUAGCAGGGAACAAAUUGAAGGGGCAUCGCCGUUACCUCUUCUUUCCGAGUCAGGGAGCUUUUUAGCCACAAUGCCUUCUGUUUCCCAAGACUGCACAACAGAGGGACCAAACAAGGGAAUCGGUACUGACCAAAAGGUAAGCAUCCCUUUUCUGCUGACAAUCCCCCAGCAACAAUUUUCUUUUCUUUGCUUUAUUUACCAUGCGCACCUGAGCGGUGCUGAGGACAACGAGAACAGAGACAGCAACAAGGACCUCGAGAACUACACGCCAGACGACAAGGAGUCGGACAUCAUCAAGCAUGCAGCCAAGAUCAGGGAGCUUCAGAGUCUUCUCUCGGAAGCAAAGGAGGGCAUCCGGGGAUUCCAGGAACAGCUGUCCCAGGAGCAAGAAGCUCACAGGCAGGAGACGGAGAGCUGCUCCCAGAAGCUUGCUCAACUAAAAGAGGAGCACCAGAAAGCUUUGAUCCGACGAGAUUUUGAGCUACAGAGCCUGAAUCUGCAGACCCGUCUGCAGCAGAAAUUCUGGAGCCAGGAGAGAAACCUCAUGAUUCAAGAGUCUCAGCAGCUGAAGCAGAACCUACUUCUUCUCAAUCUUAAACUCAGGUGGUUCCUCAAACAGUGGAGGCUAGGCAAAAAGCUGGACAGCGAGGGAAAAGACAUCCUUGAGGUGAACAGCGUGAAAGAUCUUUACAUGCUCAUUGAGGAAGAGGGGCUAACUGCUCACCAGCUUGACAACAAAACAGAAGAUCAAUCCCAGAGUCCAACAGCAAGAGCAGACAACCUCUCUGAGAAAAACUACAAGCAGUCAAGUGGGCUGGACGGUGCCUUGGCAGACCUGAAGGAGGCGUUGAGGGACCUUAGCACAGAGCUGCAGGAGGAGAGGCGUGGCUCGGAGGAACUCACCCAGCAGUUUGCCAAAGCCAAAGCCGCAUGGGAGGUGGAGAGAUCUGAGCUCAAAUGCCACAUCACACAGCUGGAGUGCAAGGCAGGCAAGCCGGGGCUGGACAAGGAACUGCCGGACCUGAAAGCCGCCCUGAAGAAGGAGAGGGAGGAGCACCAGCACCUCCUGGCCGACUCCUACGCGGCCGUCAUGGACCUCACCAAGCAGCUGCAGAUCAGCGAGAAGAACUGGAGCCGCGAGAAGGUGGAGCUCCUGGAGCGCUUCAACCAGGAGCGCGGCCAGUGGGAACAACGCCUGCGGGAUGCCCAGAGCAAAAUUAGCCAGGUGGGAUACUGCUACAUUUCAGCCCAGACAGAUGUGCAUGAGAGAAGCAGUGCGAGUUCAGUGAUCGUGCUGUUCUGUCACUUGCAGGAGGUGAAUCUGUUCACAGCAGAUGUGCAGCAGAAAAGGUCACCGAGGCAGACCAAAUCAGUUUCUUCCAUAUCGGAAUUCGAGAGCCUUUUGGAUUCCUCUCCCUUCGUCCCUAGCCAGGACAACGGUGAUGCCAGCAAAGGGCGGGGGAUACAGCCCAGCGCACAGCCUAUCUCCAACAACCUGUCCCACCUAGGGGAGCUUAACAAGAAGAACUGGAAGUACCUGACAAAUGAGAUGGCCCUCUAUGAAAAAGCUGAUCCCUUCAAGACCUGGGACUGUCCAACAAUGACCAACAGCUUUGCUGGCCUCGACUUGACCCAGUCAUGCAUACAGAGAAGUUACACCGCACCGGAUAAAACCGGGAUUAGGAUCUACUAUAGCCCUCCAGUGGUGCGCAGGAUGGAAGGCAGCUUAGCAAAGGAAAAGCAGGAAGAGAAGACGAUGGCUGAACCAGGCUAUCUGUUUACCACAACAAAGCCCAGGGAGCGUGGGGAAUCGGAGAACCCAUCAGACAACACCUUUAACAGAUGGCUCUGCAAUUUCUCCAAGCAGCACAGAGAUCUACUGGAGAACAACUCCAAGGCUGCAACUACAGCAGGGUUACCGUCACCAUUCCAUAACCUGGAGAUAUCUGGCAACCUGAGCGACGAUAUGAAGGAGAUGACCAACUGUGUGAGGCAGGCUAUCCGUUCCAGCUCUCUGGAGCGAAAGUGCAAGGACACUGCAAGCCAGACGGUGGUGGUCACCUCCACCGGAACUCAGACUGCGCAAUUUGUUAGCAUCGGCCUGCAGACUGAAGGCCCCAGAACGGGCCUGCAUGCCAAAAGUUGGUCACCUAGGAGCUCCUCGUUAAUGUCUGCUCGCAGCAGGCAGAUCUCUACAUCUUUAGAAAAAGUGCACAGCAGGAUUGAGCGCCCAUGCUGUUCACCGAAGUACGGCUCUCCCAAGCUGCAGAGAAAGGUGUCAACGUCGUCCUCCAAGUUGGAUACCUCUAAGGACAGGAGCCUGUGGAACCUACACCAUCGGGGCCAAAAUGGGUCAGCCUGGGCCAGGUCCACCACAACGAGGGACAGCCCAGUGCUGAGUGGCCUCAAUGACGGUCUCUCCAGCUUGUUCAGCGUGGUGGAGCACAAUGGCAGCACAGAGUCUCUGUGGAAAGGAAUACCCCAGGAGAGCAAACCCAAGGCAGAGGUCCCCAAGUAUGGGAUAGUUCACGAGUUCUUCCGCAACGUCUGCGGAAGGGUGCAAACCCCAAUGCCCGUGGCAGAAAGGCAGCCGAAAGACGGCACCCUGGAAGAUGGGGCAAAGAAGCCAGACUCUCCUGCUGCCACAGUGGGAAGCGCCUCACCGGACAACGUUUCAAAGAUCGUCAACAAAAGGUUUCUUAAGCAAAGCCUCCGAGAUGAACAAGCCCAGGGUAACAAAGACACGGCUGCAAGAGACACCAACAUGAGUUCCAGUGCGCUAGAGGAUGCGGCUUGCGACUGCACCUCUCAGUCCCUCACCUCCUGCUUUGCCCGUCCCUCCCGGUCGGCUGCCCGCCACUCCCUGGCACAGUGCAAGAUGCGCUCGCUGGAAGCCGGCGCCGCGGAGGAGAAAGGAGACGCCCCGGAGUGAGGGUGCAGGGGGGGGGGAGAUUGUACUAACGAGGACCUGCUGCCAGGGAAGAGAAAUCCAGACUCAAACCACUAGGCUAACAAUCAACCAGCAGCAAAAACAAAACAUCACAGGGAACAUCUCCUAAGAUUUCCAUUACUCUGCGUGCUGUAUUCUCAUGUUACUGCAGUAAAGAUCCUCAGGUUUGAAAAUCUGGGUCAAAGGUGCACACUAUCUUGGACUGUGCAUUAUUGAGUUAUUCAGUGAAUCCAAGUCUGGCCAUUAGCCAUCUCAAAAUCUGAUACAAUUAGAAGCAAAACAGCAUUAGAUGAAAGUCAGUGGUUCCCUAGUGAGCACGUGAACUGUUCUCAGUCAUUGAUGAAUCCGAUUCAUUCGAUUUCUAUCCACAAAUAUUUGAAUAGACUUGCCACUUUCCCUUUCCAUUUUCAUUUUAAGUGCAUGUUAUGAAUACAAAUUAAAUUUAAUAUUCAUCAUGCUAUCCUGGGCAGUUGGUUUAAUACAAUGUCCUAUGAACAUUCAAAUUCUCUUAGGAAAUUCGAUAAAACUUUAAAUAGUAGUUUCACAGACCCUGGCUUACACUAGACUUAGAUUACCCAAAGUUAACGUAGGUAAGUGAGCCCUAGGCUAAUAGGCAUCUGUGAACUCAAUCCUUAAAGUUGGACUUUUGGGCGCAUGUGACUUAAACUAUGUGAAUGGGACUCAUUCUUUUCAAAUUAUCUUGAAUCUGAUAGACCUCUUCAAAGAGUUUCUGGAUAAAGGGUGUGGAUCUUGAAAUUAAAUCUAUCCAGUUUUGCCUUCCCACGACUUUCUGCGUAUCACAAGAUGUACAUUUUUGAGGCAAUAGAUGUAAACACAGAUAUUAAUAUUCAGUUGUUCAGGAAAUCACAAAAGACCUUUGAUAGAUUAAAAAUAACGUGCUGCCAACUUGCCUCUCCUAACUCGCGAUUACUGCAUAUGAUCGCAUUCUAGGAAAUUCUGGCACCCUUUCUUUGAAAAGGUCUUCUGGACCACCUGCUGUUAGUAUAGUUUCAGCUCCUCCUCAGAGUGUAGCCUGAAGUUUGUCUUUCCACAAGUGCGUUUAGCAGAAGGUAACAAGUGCUGAAGGUUUAAAAGUGCACAUUUGUUAAAUAAUUACUCCACGGAGUGUCCUUAUGAUGUACUUUUUCAUUCCGUAAUCCUCAAAAGAACAUAAAAAAGCGAAUAUCAGGUGCCCCGGGAAUACUCCCACAAUAGCAGAGGACUAAACACAGGGACCAAUGUCUACAAAUUCCAGCAGUAGAAAAAUUGCAAAUCUUUUAUUGUCUAAUUUUACUUGGGAAAUGUAAGUGCUUUCUACUUAAAAUAUACAGUCAUCACAAUUCAUAGAACUUCUGCUCAUUCUGCUUGCGUCUUGCCUUGUUCAGCAGAAAUGAGCCAGAGGUAUUGAUGCUUUGUGACUGGAAGCCCAGGAGAAGAAAGGUCCUGGGCUUUCAGAGGGCUCGUAUGUCCCUAUAUACUCUAGUGGUGGACGACCUGAGUCUCAACUGCUCAAGAGCAGUAUCCCCCGCAGAAAUUCUCAAAAUUCUUGAAAUUCUAAAUUUUUUAAAUGAGCUAAAGUGAUUUUAUUAGCGCUAAAGACGUUUUCAGAGGUGUACACUCACAAGAAGUAAUUCUUGGUAUUUUAAAAGGCUAGAUUAAGGAUGUGUGUGUUUUUGCAAUGUCUGAUUAGUUCUGUUGCAGCAGUGUGUGCUGUGCCCUUCACAUACACAGUCUUUGGUUGCCCACCACUGGUUAGCAACAUGUAGAGCCAAGGACCUUUACAAUAAAGCCAGCAGAACAGUCAUAUAUUGAAUCCUACUUUAGCAGAACAGUAAACUUUAAUUUAUAUUUGUGUGAUAUCAAGGGAUUUAUAUCGAUUUUAAAUUAUUCUUUUUAAAAUAUGUCUUUAAUAUCAAUGGUGCUGGACAAACAAUGUAGGUUUAACUACUUGUAAAGUGCUUUGACAGAGGACAACAGCUUAGGUAAAUUUCAUCCACUUGUGAAUUGUGAACACAAUGUCAAUGGAUUACAAAAUUACGUGGCACAUCCUGCGUAAUACUGGACAUAACUUUACUGAAGCCCUUAUUUCAUUUAGACUGGUAGUGAUCACCGUUAAAUCGCCAGCCCAGAACUGCCACUAUGUGUUUGAUCUUUGACUUCAAUGAUGUGCCACUAGCUGAAUUGAUUCUUUCAGAUUUUUGUCUGUUGGAACACAUACAGUACUUACUACAUUUAAAUGGCAUUUGUUAAGCCCUUUAUGGUCUGCUGUCUAUGAACUCUGAAUUUAGGCUUCAAAGAGCAGGAUGGAAAGAUUCUCAGUGAGCAAUGACAUGAAAUUAAAGGUGGAUGUGUAGCAGUUUAUCUCCCAAAGAGCAGAUGUUAAUAGUAGCGUACAGUAUAUGAAUAUUUCCUCCUUUUUUACACAAAAAAUUCAAGCCAAUGUUUUCAUAGACCAAUGAAGAACUUCAGUGCAACUUUUACUGUAAUAAGUCCUGUGCUUGAAUAUUUUAGUUGUUCCUAAUUCUCUGCUUUCCUUGAACUUGAAAAUGUAAGUGGUAACUGUCCUAAAGAAGGAAGGGAAACCAAUUUAUUUUGCUUCAAGUAAACGUUUACACGGAAUGGAGCAUUACGAGAUUAAAAUUAUUUUAAGUAAAAAUAAAUCUAGUUUUAGAUUUAAUGCCCCAACAGGCUCGCUGCUAAAACUCAUUUUCACCAGUGCAAGAAGUGAGGAAACGUGCUAAUUGGCUUUGCGAGUGUGUUAAUUCACGGAAGACAAACAUUUGUCUGCAUGGUACUGCCUUUGAGCUGUUGUUACCAAGGCUACCUCCCGCCCUCAGAAUUUAUUUUUACCUAAAUAAAAUGGAAGUAAUUUUCAGAAGGACACGUGUGCCUUUUAGAUCAUAUGUAAAAUUCAAUUUAGCACUUUAAGCAAAUACUGUAUCUCAUCUGCUGAUCCCUUGUGCAACAGUAGGAAAUUGACUCAUUUUUGCUAGUAUGUCACUGGAGUUACAUUCUCCUGUGCCAUAUCACACAUUAAAGCACAUUCAUUUCCAAAGGCUUUUUUCAGGACUGUAUUUAAACCUUGAAGAAAUCACUUAGCCUAAAGAACAUUUCAAAUAUCAUAGUAUAGAAUUUUACUAUUCUUUUAUGGCACACAAUCCACAUAAAAAGAUCAUGUAAUCCCAAUAUCACACCACAUCUUGACAAUUCUGAUAUUUAUUUGGAAUUUGGAAACUCAUUCCGUGAUCUGGAAAUGAACCAAUGGAAAUAACCAGUAACAUAUGCUUCACUUGAAUGUCAGAUUGCCAUUCACUGAGUUAGAGUAGAAAUACGUGAAGAAGAUACAAGAUAACAGGGACAGUUUUACACAAGCACGAACCUAUUAUUGACAACUUGAGUAACAGGGCAAAAGGCAUGAUGAGAUAGUGCCAGUCCUAAAUCUAUGGAAGGGAAUGGAUUAGUGACAGGCAUUAUAAAGUUCACUAAAUCCUGAGGGAUCUUCCUAAUUUAAUGGUCUGACUACACAUGGAAUUUGAAAAUGAGAUGGGAACAGGGGCAUUUGGUGUUUAGCAAAGGUGAGGAGGCAUUGAUGUAAUUGACAUUUUCUGAAUAAAUGUAAAUGACCAAUCUGGUUUGUAAACCGCACAUUUUUAAUUCUUUUAUUUAUAAAAAAAAAACCGAGCAACAAAGAAAAAAAUGUAUUUAAAUAUAUAAAAACUUCCGGGAUAUUUUGUUUUUAAUUUUGUUGUAAAUACUUCAGUGUUACAGCCUUUUUUAUGUUAUUUUUUUAACUUUUUUAUUUGCAGUUUUGUUUUUCAAUUUGUUUCAUGCCUCAGAUCAACAAAGCUGGUUUCAUGGGAAAGCCUUUCCAAUCUCGCACACUGAGACAGAAAUUGUGUGCUCAGAAAAGCACUGCACAAGGGCCUAAAUUAGGCGACAGUGUAUGUCUUCUUCACAUAAUUUCCAUGUGUUUCAUGAGUAAGAUUAAUCAUUUUAGGAAAGGACUCUGUAUUGGGUUGGUUUUAAGGACCAUUGGGUAAAUUUGAAAUUAAAGAGUUAAUUAACUUGGACUCAAGAUUAAAUGUUUAAUUAUGACCCUCUUGUUAAAGCAUUACUAAAUAUGUCUGUCUCUGUCCUCACACACCAGCUGACAUUGACUUCUUUAAAUUUGGUUCCUGUAUUACAUAUUCAUUGGACUUUUGUGGUUUAUGACUAAUUAAAAAAAAAAGAUAAUGACUCAAAAACAUCAGUUUGAGGAGUACAAUGAGUUAGAAAGACUGUUUUGGCAAGGUUUACAACAGUUUUUUUUCCCAGCCAGCAUGUUUUCUAUAAAUGUACUGUACCACGUAUUAACAAAAACCUCCCAUAAAACCAUGCUCAGUUUGUCCAAUAAAAAAAUUUAACCAUGUACCUAUAUUUGAAAGAAACCAGUUAAAAUUGUUAAUAUUUGCUAAAUUAUUUCCAAAUGCCUGUAAAUUUCUUUUAAUAUUAAAAGGCUCUAAUAAGCUUAAUAAUGUUGUAACUUACACAUAUAUGAACAAUUUGUACUCUUUCUAUCCUUGUGUAGAGAAAGUUGAAUGUUUUUGAUGAUAUUGAGCCGUGUUCUCCAUUAAAACAUACUCCUCUUUUCUUCAUAGACACGAACAUUUCUGUAAAUAAGAAAACAUCUGCCAUAGAAUUAAGAUGGGGUUUGUGUUGGGGAAGGAUCUUUUGAACUGUGAAAGGUGUCAGCUCAGAUAUCAUUGCUUACUGUUUGUCAUUGUUCACAAAUAAACGUUUGUUGAAAAGGUA